AUGGGUGUCCCUCAGGGCAGUAUUUUAUCUGUUACAUUAUUUAGUCUUCACAUCAACAGUCUUGAAGUUUUAAAAAGUUCUAGUGAUGUCUUAAAUAGUAGUUAUACCUACUUACUUUGCCACCCAGAAGAUAUUUUGAAGAAGGAAAUUUGUGAUCUUCUAUGUACAGACUCUUGGCAAAAAGAGAUAACUCACAUAUUUAUAGAUGAUGCACAUUGUGUAGUACAGUGGGGACACGAAUUUCGACCGGACUAUAUGAGAAUUCAGUCAGUUUUCCCAGAGUCAAAAUUUGUGGCCUUUACAGCUACAGCAACAAAGCUUCUGAUAAGAAAAAUAACUGACAUACUUCUAAUGAAAACAUUUACAACCAUAUCUGCAUGUGUUGAUCGGCCUAAUGUGAAAAUUAUAAUAAUAAAGAGAUUACCAUCAGCCGGAGGAAAAAAUACAGCAGAAGAAUCAUUUAAACAGGUGAUGGAACCGUUGUUGAGGAGCUUGUGUGAUGAUGCAGAUAAUUUUCCAAAAACCAUAGUCCACAGCAAACUAAAGUGGUGUGGAAAUGGGUACAACAUGGUGACUUUAGAGAUCUGUUUAGCAGAGAGACAAAAGUGUGUGACAUAUAUGAAUGCAAUCUUAUCAUCUCCUGUACAGGUACCUGAUAUAGAAUCUUUAUCACAGAAGAUGACCUAUGCAGAAGAGCUGGAAAACUCAAAACAGAAACAAGAAACACUUAUGAGAAGGCAAGUAAAAGAGACUGGAACAUUGGGCAGAAGUGAGCAAGAACUGUACCAGAAAGGACUUCAAAAGCAAUAUUUAACUGGCUCUACCUGCAAACAGUGUAACAUUAAUACAACCGACCUUUAA